AUGAGUAUUAGUUUGGAGAACAUCUUAGGGUUCAAGGUCAAAGUAGUCAAUGUGCUUGACGUGGUGACUGAAGGUAAAGUUUACUCUUUUAAUUCUUCCAACAACACACUGACGUUACAGACUAGUAAGAAGGUCCAGCAACCCCAAUCAUUUAAAGUGAUCAAAUGUUCUUUUAUCAAGAACUUGGAGGUUAUUGGUGAAAGGCCAUCGACGAACUUGUUCAAGAAACAACCAAUUAAACCCGCCUAUGUACACGUCGAUAGAGUUAACCAACUUCUGCAAGAAAAAAUGAAAGAAUCUGCUAAAAAGAACGAAUUGAGCGGUAAAGGUGUUUCUAGUGAAGGUCAAUUCCUUUUUGAUAUGGCUUAUAAGACGGUUUCAGAUACCAGAUGGGUUGAUAAGAACAUUGUGGUUUUGGAUAGUGUAGAGAUAUUCCCUCCUUACAAACCUGAAAAUAUCAAAUUAAUAAAUGGGUCCAAGGCAGAAGCAGUUACAAUGGUCCAGAGAAUUUUGCAAAGAGGCUGGCAAAAAUUAAAUGAAAGUGAGGAGACCAAGAAAGGUGGUUGA